AAGUGAUUUUAUUUUUCGUGCUGAUAAAAAAAGACAUGAGUCGGAUCUACCUCAACAGUGGCUGGCUUGAAGUGCCAUGGGGAGAUGGUGAUUUAGGUUCCUGGGCAGAUCGAUCWCCACUACAUGAAGCUGCAAGUCAAGGUCGUCUUCUCGCUCUGAGAACAUUAUUAUCACAGGGUUAUAAUGUGAAUGCAGUCACUAUAGACCAUGUCACCCCAUUACACGAAGCCUGCYUGGGAGAUCACGUGGCCUGUGCCAGAGCUCUUCUGGAAGCUGGAGCUAAUGUAAAUGCAAUCACAAUAGAUGGUGUGACUCCGUUAUUCAAUGCAUGCUCGCAAGGCAGUGCCAGCUGUACAGAACUUCUUUUGGAAUAUGGUGCGAAGGCCCAGCUGGAGUCCUGUCUUCCAUCUCCCACACAUGAGGCUGCCAGUAAAGGUCACCAUGAAUGUCUCGACAUACUGAUAUCCUGGGGCGUAGAUGUUGACCAAGAUGUUCCUCAUUUGGGAACUCCUCUCUAUGUAGCUUGCAUGUCACAGCAAUUCCAUUGCAUCUGGAGACUUCUUUAUGCCGGCGCUGAUGUACAAAAAGGCAAAUAUUGGGAUACUCCAUUACAUGCUGCUGCUCAACAAUCCAGUACAGAAAUUGUAAAUUUACUAUUAGAAUUUGGAGCAGAUAUCAAUGCCAAAAAUACAGAGCUUCUGCGACCUAUAGAUGUAUCUACAUCUAACAGUAUGGUAGAGAGAAUACUGCUUCAACAUGAAGCUACCCCAAGUUCUCUCUGCCAACUCUGCCGACUCUGUAUCCGAAAUUGCAUAGGAAGACCAAGAUUACAUCUUAUCCCACAGCUCCAGUUGCCAACAUUAUUGCAGAAUUUCUUGCAGUAUCGAUAAAGCAGUAAAAUAUCUCUAAAUUUUUUGAAAAUUAAAAAUUUCUAUUUAAUUUGCAUAAUGAAUAUUUCAUAUUAAAAGUUGCUAAAUCCAGGGUAAACGUUAAGUAUGCGAUCAUCCAGGGAAGCAGUAAGAUAUCAAUUUCCAUUUUUAGUGUACUACUUAGUACUUUUGUUUUAGAAAUUUUUACUGUGCUUURAAUUAUAAUACAUUUAACAUAUCCAUACAUUUUAGCUAUCCCAAUAUAUCCAUUUUUGAUUUAGGGAAAAAAUAAGAAAUUUGCCAUUUCAUCCUCUAUAUUUCCAAAGUGGAGAAGAAUAAAUGUGGACUUUUACUAAAAUUGUAAUUAUAAAUUUCAUAUACUGUAUUAUAUUCAAAAAGAUCUGUGUUCUCCAAAUAAUGGUUUAACUUUAAUUUUGGCUAUGGUAAUUGGUUAUCUGUGUGUUUUUGAUAUUGACUCAAAACAUGAAUAUAAUUUAGAAAAGAGUAAAUGUGCUUUUUGAAAUAAAGAUGAUUCUCUUUCAGGAAAUCUA